GACGACGAGUGUGCCGGGCGUUUUCUCUCUGCUUUUGCUAUUGACUUGUCAUCGCACGCGUGCCCGCGAGCCCUCGGCUCGCUCUCUGCCCUUGUCCAUUCACACGACCACGGAUCGCCUGUUCUCAUUCCCAUCAACAACAGCUGUUGAUUUUGAUUCACCAUCGCCACCAUGGCCAAGCAGGUCCUUCAAGUCUUUGAGACAUACCAAAAGGCUCGCACCAACUUUGUGCAGACCGUGGCCGAACUCUCUUCGCGAUCACAAAACAUUGAUGCCUUGCAGGACGCAGGUGUCAUGUCGCUCUUGCGACCUCUGUUGAUCGACUCUGUCCCCACCAUUCAGCAGAGCGCGGCUCUUGCCCUUGGUCGCCUGGCGAAUCACAGCGAUGAGCUGGCUGCAGCCGUCGUUACCGAUGACAUUCUCCCGCAGCUCGUUUACGGUUUGGCCGAGCAAAACAGGUUUUACAAAAAGGCAGCGGCCUUCGUCUUGCGUACCGUUGCCAAGCACAGCCCCGAGCUGGCGCAGGCCGUCGUCGACUCGGGGGCCGUGGAUGCUCUCGUGAUCUGCCUCGACGAAUUUGAUCCUGCCGUCAAAGAGGCCGCCGCCUGGGCCCUCGGCUACAUUGCCCGCCACAACACGCAACUGGCCCAGGCCGUCGUCGACGCGGGUGCCGUCCCCCUGCUUAUUUUAUGCGUGCAGGAACCCGAAGUGGCGCUCAAGCGCAUCGCUGCCUCGGCCCUGGCUGACAUUAGCAAGCACACCCCAGAGCUUGCCCAAACCAUUGUUGACAAUGGUGCCAUUGCUUAUCUUGCACAGCUUCUCGAAGCACAGGACACCAAACUGAAGCGACAGGUCCUGGCCGCGUUGAGCCAAGUGGCCAAACACACCGUCGACCUUGCCGAGCUCGUGGUGGAAGCCUACAUCUUCCCAGCAGUCUUGCCCUCACUCAAGGAUCCGGAUGAGUACGUGCGCAAGAACGUCGCUACCCUUGUCCGCGACGUGGCCAAACACUCCGCCGAACUCGCUCAGCUCAUCGUCAACUCUGGUGGUGUCAUGGCUCUGGUGGAUUACAUCAAUGAGGCUCGAGGCAGCUCGCUGAUGCCUGCCGUCAUGGCUCUCGGCUACAUUGCCGCCUUUUCCGAGCGCCUGGCCAUGUCGGUCAUUGUGUCGCACGGCGUUGACGCCCUCGCCACCGCGCUGCAAAAUGAGGGUGAAGACCACAUUCGUGCCGCCACUGCUUGGUCUCUUGGCCAAAUCGGUCGACAUACCCCUCAACAUGCACAACACGUCGCCGAGGCCUCCGUCCUGCCGAUCCUCCUCGACAUCAGCCUGGCUGAGAACGCCAGCCCUGAAGUGCAGAGCAAGGCGUCUCGUGCUCUGCGCAACAUCCUGCAAAAAUGUACCUAUCUUCCCGCCUUGCAAUCCUUGCUCUCCAAGGCUCCACCGGAGAUUCUGGAGAAUGUGGUGGGCCAGUUUGCCAAGAUCCUGCCCUCCGAUGCCAAGGCUCGGAAACAAUUUGUUACCUCUGGGGGCCUCAAGAAGAUCCAAGAGAUCAAGGCAGAUCCAGAGACAGAACUGGGUGACGCAAUCAUGACCAUCAACGAGUGCUUUCCCGAGGAAAUUGUUCGAUACUACUCACCAGGCUAUUCCAAGACCUUGUUGGAACGACUGGACGAUCAUACACCAGCCAGCCAGAAGGCGGCGGCCUAA